AUGCGGCCGAGUGGGGACUUUUACGACUCGGAGCUGGUUCGCUACCAUAAGGAUAGAAAGGUCGAGAAGGCCAUCACUGCGAUAGUCAUUGCGGCUGGCUUCCUGAUGCUUGUGGCACCGAUGUGGAUUCUGGUCUUCGUCUCGGGCGCUCUCGAGAGGCUUGGUGUUAUAACCGCGCUUGCAGCAUUCUUCCUUGCCCUGGUCUCAACGGUGACCGUCGCCACACCAUUCGAGACACUGGCAGCAACAGCGGCUUGA